AGCUCCGGGUCACAUGCUGCUGCCUCGGCCCUAUCAGGGGCGUCUCCAUCCUGCUGCUGCUGCCGUUGGCUUAGAGGACACAUCAUCUCCCCUUGAGGUCCUGCAUCCUUCCUCAGCUCCAUCCUCUUCCUCCGUCCAGCAGCACUUUCUCAGUCUGUCGCUCACACCUGCCCUAGGAAGGAAAAACCAGGAUCAGCAUGUCCAUUGAAAAGAUCCGUGCCCGGGAGAUCCUGGAUUCCCGCGGGAAUCCCACCGUAGAGGUGGAUUUGUAUACAGAAAAAGGCAUGUUCCGUGCUGCAGUUCCCAGCGGCGCUUCUACUGGCAUCUAUGAAGCUCUGGAGCUGCGAGAUAAUGACAAGUUCCGAUUCCUUGGGAAAGGGGUCCUGCAGGCCGUGGAUCAUAUCAACAGCACUAUCGCCCCCGCUCUCCUGGGCUCUGGCCUCUCUGUUGUGGAUCAAGAGAAAAUAGACAACCUCAUGCUAGAGAUGGAUGGAACAGAAAACAAAUCUCAAUUUGGAGCCAAUGCCAUCCUGGGAGUCUCUCUGGCUGUGUGCAAGGCAGGUGCUGCAGAGAAAGAUGUGCCCCUGUAUCGACACAUUGCUGACCUGGCUGGAAACACUGACCUCAUACUGCCUGUGCCCGCCUUCAAUGUGAUCAACGGAGGCUCCCAUGCAGGGAACAAGCUGGCCAUGCAGGAGUUUAUGAUCCUUCCUGUGGGGGCUGAGAGCUUCCGGGAUGCCAUGCGCAUUGGGGCCGAGGUCUAUCAUAACCUGAAGAGCGUAAUCAAGGAGAAGUAUGGGAAGGAUGCCACCAAUGUAGGCGAUGAAGGUGGCUUUGCCCCCAACAUCCUGGAGAACAGCGAAGCUCUGGAACUCCUCAAGGAAGCUAUCGACAAAGCUGGCUACACUGAGAAGAUCGUCAUUGGCAUGGACGUGGCAGCAUCUGAGUUCUACCGGGAUGGCAAAUAUGAUUUGGACUUCAAAUCCCCCAAUGACCCCAGCCGCUACAUCUCUGCAGAUGAGCUGGGCGACCUCUACCAAAGCUUUGUUCGUGAUUACCCUGUGGUCUCCAUUGAGGACCCCUUUGAUCAGGAUGACUGGGAAGCCUGGUCCAAGUUCACAGCCAACGUGGGGAUUCAGAUUGUGGGGGAUGACUUGACGGUGACAAACCCCAAGCGCAUUGAGAGAGCGGUUGAAGAAAAAGCCUGCAACUGCCUCUUGCUCAAAGUCAACCAGAUUGGAUCAGUUACUGAAGCCAUCCAAGCCUGUAAGUUGGCCCAGGAGAAUGGCUGGGGAGUGAUGGUGAGCCAUCGAUCUGGGGAGACUGAAGACACCUUCAUUGCUGACCUGGUUGUGGGGCUGUGUACUGGGCAGAUAAAGACAGGAGCUCCCUGCAGGUCUGAGCGACUGGCCAAAUACAACCAGCUUAUGAGGAUUGAGGAAGAGCUUGGGGAUGAAGCUCGCUUCGCUGGGCACAACUUUCGCAAUCCAAGUGUCCUUUGAACACUGCCAUGACACGCGCCGCAGCUCCCCCGCCAAUUCCCAAUGCACAGACUCUGAAGCCACCUUUCCCCCACCAUGCCUCCUGUCCCCGCUCUCCUUUUUUCCACUCCACCUGCUGGUCUUCUCUCUCCUGAGAUCCCUGAGUGCAGGUCUCCCUAGUUGGAAUGACCCAAGAAAAGAUAAGAAUGAGGCUUCCCUCUGCUGUCUGCAGGGAGGUGUUGUGUGUCUGGUUAUGCGCCAUGUGUAUUUUCUGUCAAUGUGUAGGUCUCUGCACAUCACUGUGUUUGGGUAUUAGAUUGCACAAGCAUAUUCGUUGGUGUUUAUAUUUUGUUUUGUGUGUCUGAGUUUGUGUGGUGACAGGUUGUGUGCAAUUCCCUUUGUGCAGUGUGCUGGUUAAGUGCGAGCCUGCUUGUAAUAGUUCUGUUUGAUUCUGGGUGUUGUCAGUGGCUGCUUGCUGUGUGGGUGUGGGUGUCUUUGUGUCAGUGCGCUGUGUGGGUGUCUCUGCUGAUCUCCAAGUGUCCUUUUGCCCCAUGUGUGUCUGUGCUGAAGUGUGGAAUCUGUGUGGUUGACACUGAAUGUUUUGUUGAGCUGUGUUUGUCUGUACUUUAUCGCUGAUUUUCACUGCUAUGUGUCACUUGGUUUGUGUGUGCAUAUUAUGACUCUCUGGGUCAUUUGCUUCAUGAAGUGUUGUGGGUCAGUGCAUUGUGAAAACACACACACACACAUACACAUACACAAACAAACAUAUAUAUACUUGAUUGCAUUCCUUGACCUCUUUCUUGCUGUUUCCUUCUCUGUAGCUCUCUCUCCUUCACUCUCUGUUCCCACGCAUCACAUCUGCUUUGUGCCCUGGACAGUCCACCCUCAACUGAGCAAAAGAGACAAAAUACAAAACCAUAAACUCAAUUAAAACCUAUUUCACACCUGA